CGCGCCGGGUAGCGGUCCGCGUCCUCCUCUGAGCGCCCGAGCCGCGGCGCGGGGCCGCCGUACUCCGCGCUUCUGGGCGCUCCUCCGCGCUGUGCGCCCACAGGAGGAAGCCACAGGAAAACAAUCUGACAUCAGGAUUAUGGCAGGAAAAGUGAAAUGGGUCACUGAUAUCGAGAAGUCGGUGCUGAUAAAUAACUUUGAAAAGAGAGGAUGGGUCCAGGUGACAGAAAACGAGGACUGGAACUUUUACUGGAUGAGUGUGCAAACCAUCCGCAACGUUUUUAGUGUCGAAACUGGCUACCGGCUCGCAGAUGAUCAAAUAGUCAACCACUUCCCGAACCACUAUGAACUGACGCGGAAGGAUCUGAUGGUGAAAAACAUCAAGAGAUACAGGAAAGAGCUGGAGAAGGAAGGGAGUCCUUUGGCAGAGAAGGACGAAAGUGGGAAAUACCUCUACCUGGACUUCGUCCCCAUCACCUACAUGCUGCCCGCCGACUACAACCUGUUCGUGGAGGAGUUCAGGAAAAGCCCCUCUAGCACCUGGAUCAUGAAACCCUGUGGCAAAGCCCAGGGAAAGGGCAUCUUUCUGAUCAACAAGCUCUCGCAAAUCAAAAAGUGGUCCCGGGACAGCAAAACAUCUUCGUUCAUGACUCAGUCUACCAAGGAAGCCUACGUGAUCUCUCUAUACAUUAACAACCCGUUACUAAUCGGCGGCAGGAAGUUUGACCUGCGCUUGUAUGUUCUGGUGUCUACGUACCGCCCACUGCGCUGCUACAUGUAUAAACUUGGAUUUUGCCGCUUUUGCACAGUAAAAUACACCCCGAGUACCAGUGAGCUGGACAACAUGUUUGUUCAUCUCACCAACGUUGCCAUUCAGAAACACGGGGAGGAUUACAACCACAUCCACGGGGGCAAGUGGACUGUUAACAACCUGCGGCUCUACCUGGAGAGCACCCGAGGCAAGGAGGUGACCAGCAAGCUGUUCGACGAGAUCCACUGGAUCAUCGUGCAGUCCCUGAAGGCUGUGGCCCCCGUGAUGAACAACGACAAACACUGCUUUGAGUGCUACGGCUAUGACAUCAUCAUCGACGACAAGCUGAAGCCCUGGCUGAUCGAGGUGAACGCGUCCCCAUCCCUCACCUCCAGCACUGCCAACGACCGAAUCCUUAAGUAUAACCUGAUUAAUGACACCCUCAACAUCGCCGUCCCUAACGGCGAAAUUCCAGACUGUAAAUGGAACAAGUCACCCCCAAAGGAAGUCCUUGGCAAUUAUGAAAUUCUGUACGACGAGGAGCUGGCACAGGGCGACGGGGCCGACCGAGAGCUGAGAAGUCGGCCGGGCCAGUCGCUGGGGCCCAGAGGGGGCCGAUCGAGAGACUCCGGGAGGACCGUCCUCACAACCUGGAAGUGACCACCAGCGAGAGCAAGACUCCAGCCUGCACCCACCCUUGCUGAAGACCUCUUUUGGAAACUUCCUUUUUCUAGAGCUUUUUUCCUUUCCUAAACCCUGUAAAUAAAUAAAGGCAU